CGGAUAGAAAAUGGAGGAUGUGCGUAGAAGUGCGAGCAGAUGAUAUAAGAGACAAUCCGCCACAAAGUCCAGGAUUAAAUUAUCAAAGCGCACCAUUGAUCGCAGAAACGGGCGGUUUGGAGGAGCGGCGGCGAUUAAAGUCUUUGCCGAGCGGGACCCAGGACAUGGACGCGGGAGGACAGGCCGGCACCGUGCGCCGGUAGCGCGGGCCCACAGGAGGAUGGGCUUCCUGGAAAACUACCAGGAGAUCGACCCGGUCACGCUCAACCUCUGCAUCCUGAUCGCCAGCUACGUCAUCCUGCUGCUGGUCUUUCUCAUCUCCUGCAUCAUGUACGACUGCCGCGGCAAGGACCCCACCAAGGAGUACGCCCCGGACCCCCCGCCCACCCAGUCGCCCAUCCGGCUGGUGGUCAUGCAGAGCUCCCCGGCCCCUGUCGGGCGCUGGGACGCGGCCGGCAUGAUCACCACCUACCACGAGCCCCCGCACGGCGACUUCCGGGAGAAGAAGAGCACCAUGGUCUGAG